AUCACUGUUCAUCAUGGGUGCUGUUGCCUCUUCGUCCAUUGGCAUUGUGUCUCCUCCGUCUGUCCCCUCCCUGUCCGUCUCGCUCCCGACACCUCGUGAAUGGCUGACAUCCUUCGCCCGUUCUUCGCUCCUCUCCGUCCUUGAGUCUGCUGUCUGCAUUGGGCACCUUACCAUCGUCGACAAGGGCAACGUAUAUGAGUUCGGGCAGCCCAUUAAAGCGGGCAACGAUGUCCAACUCACGGUCGUCAAUGACGCCUUUUGGAGCCGUGUUCUAAUUUCUGGCGAUUUGGGCUUCAGUGAGGCGUACAUGAUCGGUGACGUGCAAGUGACCGACUUGAAGGCCGUGUUCGACCUUUGGCUCGACAAUCAAGUCGGGAUGUCCAACCUGUCAUCAGCCAUAAACAGAAUAGUCUCGGCGAUCAGCGGGCUUUCAAACGCAUUCACUGGCCAGACAAAGUCGAAGGCGCGCCUCAAUGCCAUCGCAAGCUACGAUCAGUCAAACGAGCUCUUCAAGGCGUUCCUGAGUAAAGAAAUGAUGUACUCAACCGCACUUUGGAGUGAUGCUGAAGGUGGCGUUCGGGGCGAUCUUGACAUUGGUCCCCAACCUGGCGACUUGGAAGCUGCCCAGCUCCGUAAGCUUCAUCACGUCCUCCGCAAGGCACGCGUGAAGCCUGGACAUCGCGUCCUGGAAUUCGGCUCUGGCUGGGGUGGUCUUGCAAUUGAGGCUGCACGUUCAUUUGGCUGCGAAGUCGAUACGCUCACGCUCUCGAAAGAACAGAAGGGCCUUGCGGAAGAACGCAUUAGGGCAGCCGGCCUGGAAGACCGCAUUCGCGUUCAUCUUAUGGACUAUCGCGAACUUCCGCCUGAGUUUGAAAAAGCCUUCGAUGCUUUCAUCAGUAUUGAAAUGGUCGAGCAUGUUGGCGCUAAAUAUUAUAACACUUACUUCUCCCUGAUUGACUGGGCACUCAAAUCCGAAAAUGCCACGGCUGUAGUCACUUCAUCAACUUUCCCCGAGUGCCGAUUUUCUAGCUAUCAGGCAGAGGACUUUAUGCGGAAGUACAUGUGGCCAAACUCAUGCCUGCCAAGUGCAACGUCAUUGAUCCAAGCAGCGCAUUCUGCAUCUCAAGGGAGGUUCACAGUUGAGGGUGUAGAAAAUCAUGCGGCUCACUAUCCUCGCACAUUGCGCGAAUGGGGACGCCGUUUGGAGAAGAACCUGACGCAGGAGAUGAUCGCAAAGGACUUCCCUGCUCUGAAAAACAACCGAGCGGAGUUCGAAGCCUUCAAGCGCAAGUGGCAAUAUCUCUAUGCCUAUGCUGGUGCUGGCUUCGCGAAGGGAUACAUCACCUGCCACAUGCUAACCUUUAUCCGACAAAAUGAUGCUCCGGAAGUUCCGUGCUAUUAGAUGACGAGUCAUCACGUAUUUUAACGAGAGACGAUAGAGUCAAAAAUGUCCUGGGGAAGUUGUAUCUUAUUGUUCAUGAUUAUGUAUUGUAUACGAUCGCAUGUAGAUAGACCUUUUACUUUCACUCAGUCCCAUCUUUCAAUUCAUUGUACUUCGGAACUCAUGUAUCUUUCUGGCUUACCUGCUGGAAAUUUAUGUUAUGCCAUGUGAAUGCGAAUCUUACCA